AGAACACCCAUCUGGCUAGCUCAGCUUAAUCUGAUCGGUCAUGGCGGCGUGGAGCGAGAGCGAGAACGAGAGGUUCGAGCGCGCGCUGGACACGUACGACCGUGACACGCCCGGCCGCUGGGACCGCGUCGCCGCCGCCGUGGGCGGCGGCAAGACGGCCGACGACGUCAGGCGCCACUACGACCGGCUCGUCGACGACCUCCGCCGCAUCGACGCCGGCGGCGCCAACUCCAACGGCGGAACUCAUGCCACCGGCGGCAGCAGCAGCAACGGCGCGGGGAACAACGGCAGCAGAGGAGGGUCAGGGGGCAGCCGGCGGCCCCAGACAUAAAUGGUAGUUGAUGGAUGGAUCGGAUCAUGCAAGGUGGUGGCCUGGUCGGCACAGG